AUGGCAUCUACGUCAGUCAAUGCAAAAUCGGAAAAAAAAGGUAUCCGAGUUUGGAUGGAUGGAUGUUAUGAUAUGGUUCAUUUCGGUCAUGCCAAUGCAUGUCGACAAGCAAAAGAAAUGGGCGAUUAUUUAGUUGUUGGCGUUCAUUCAGAUGCUGAAAUAACAAAACACAAAGGACCACCAGUAUUCAACGAAGAAGAACGAUAUAAAAUUGUUCGUGCAAUUAAGUGGGUUGAUGAAGUUGUCGAAAAUGCACCGUAUGUUACCACAUUGGAAACAUUAGAAGAAAAUGAUUGUGCUUUCUGUGUGCACGGAGAUGAUAUAACAGUGACAGCCGAUGGUAUCGAUACUUAUCAUAUUGUUAAAACAGCUGGAAGAUAUAAAGAAUGUAAACGAACAGCGGGUGUUUCAACAACUGAUCUUGUCGGAAGAAUGUUGUUGAUGACAAAAUCUCAUCAUGAACGCGAUGAUAGACUACCCGAUCGUGAAGAAACUCGACGUAUGAGUACAAGUGGUUGUACAUCGAGUCCGUGGACAGGGGCAUCACAGUUUUUACCUACAACAAAUAAAAUUAUUCAAUUUUCAAAUGGACGUGAACCAAACCCCGGUGAUCGUAUUAUUUAUACAGCUGGUGCCUAUGAUUUAUUUCAUGUUGGACACGUGGAUUUUCUUGAAAAAGCGAAAGCAUUAGGAGAUUAUCUAAUUGUUGGCUUACAUACGGAUCGAGUUGUAAAUCGCUACAAAGGUAGCAAUCAUCCAAUUAUGAAUAUUCAUGAACGUGUUUUAUGCUAUGUUGACGAAGUUGUUAUCGGAGCACCCUACUCUGUUUCUCUGGAUUUGAUGAAUCAUUUCAAAGUUGACUUAGUAUUACACGGUCAGACAGAAUGUGACCCAGAUGCAGACGGUCGAGAUCCAUACGAAAUGGGUAAAGAUACGAAAUUAAAAAAGAAAAAAUCAAAAAAAUCCAGUCAACAGCAGCUAUCGUCGACGGCAGCAUCAGCUACAAAUGAUGUCAAAAUGAAAACGAAUGCAUCGUCAGAAGGAGUAGAGGAUGACGACGAUGAAAAUUAUGAAGAUAUGGAAUCGGAUACAACUGGAACUGCAACAGCAGCCACUUCAUCUAAAGUUUAUCUACCUGGUGAUCCAUUGAAUGAGGACGAAGAAUUAAUACGAGAUGAUAAUGCCUAUGAAUUGUUUCAUGAAGCUCAAACAGGCAAUUUCGAUAUAAUACCAGAUACAUUGGGCAUGAAUCGUUCACAAUAUCCACAUACUGUGUUUAUUGUUUGUGGUACACAAGCAGAAAAAACCGAUCGAAACAGUGUUAUGGUUAUUAAAAUGUCAAAUUUAGUUAAAACACAAAAGGAUUCAGAAAAAGAAGAAGAUUCCGAUAAUGAUGAUAGCGAAGAUGAAGAAGAAGAUUUGAAGCCUGAAUUUGAAUCAGCCUCUUUGAAACAUAUUGGUGGUGUAAAUAGAAUACGAUGUAAAUUAGUUGGUGAUAGAAAAUUAGCGUCAACAUGGUCGGAGACUGGUAAAGUACAUAUCUGGGAUCUGACACGUUUAUUACAUGCCGUCAAUGACUCAUCUAUAAUGGCUAGUUAUGUGAGAAAUCAAGAAUCACCAAAACCAUUAUUUACAUUUAAUGGACAUACGACAGAAGGUGUACUUGUAACGGGUGAUUGUACAAAAAAUAUUCAUGUUUGGAAACCAAAUGGAACUGGUUGGUUUGUUGAUCAACAGCCAUAUGUUGGACAUACAGGAUCCGUGGAAGAUAUUCAAUGGUCACCGAAUGAACAGAGUGUAUUUGCAUCAUGUAGUGUUGAUAAAAGUAUUCGCAUAUGGGAUAUUCGAGCUGUUCCAUCAAAAGCGUGUAUGUUAGUUGAACAAAAUGCUCACACAACCGAUGUGAAUGUAAUUAGUUGGAAUAAUAAAGAACCGUUCAUUUUAUCCGGUGGUGAUGACGGUUUUAUUAAAGUUUGGGAUUUAAGACAAUUUUCACAUGGUACACCUGUUGCAUCAUUUAAACAUCAUCAUUCAUCCAUAACAAGUGUUGAAUGGCAUCAUACUGAUUCAAGUGUAUUCGCCGCAGCUGGUGCAGACAAUCAAGUAACAUUAUGGGAUUUGGCUGUCGAAAAAGAUGACGAAUCAGCCAAUAACAAAACAUCACUUACGAGUGUCGUUAGUGAUAAUCAAUUAGAAAAUUUGCCUGAUCAAUUGCUAUUUAUUCAUAUGGGACAAACGGAUAUUAAAGAAUUACAUUGGCACAAACAAAUACCCGGUCUGCUGGUUACAACAGCACAAAAUGGUUUUAAUGUUUUUAAAACAAUAAGUGCUUAA